AACAAAGAGAGUGGACGCGUGGAUGUACGCACGCGCGAGUGAAAUUGGGGAAUCGCGUUUGUGAAAAGACGCUAUUUUUUUGGCGGUUCUUUUCUCCUCCCUUCUCUCUCGGUUGGGUUGUGUGCCCUUAAUUCGAUGAACAAGGUUCUUCUUCAGUUAGGUCUCCAGAGCUCCGUCGUCCAUUUUGGCUAAGUUUCUGGUGGUGCCUCUUAGGAGUUUAAGAGUUGGUUCUUCUAUCGUUGGUGUUAGAGUAGGAACAGUAAGUUUCAACAAGAGGCUUAUGUCAAAUGAUACUGCGGUUAAAUCUAUACCUUUCUCUAUCAACAACAACAACAGCAACAGAAAGGACCUCAAGAUAGUUGCAGCAGUUACUGAUCAGAUGGGAAGUGAUAGUGAUAGAGAUGAAAUGGGAACUCUUCAAGGUGAUAAAAAGGAAAUUGAGGCGAUGACAGUUCAAGAACUUAGAGCCACAUUGAGGAAACUUGGCUUACCUGUGAAAGGGCGUAAACAAGAACUUGUCUCAACGUUACGACUUCACAUGGACAGCAAUUUACCGGGGGAAAUUUCUGGUUCAGAACAAAAGGAAACGACUACUUCCACUCGUUCAGCAAGUGUCACGAUCAAAAGAAAGAUCAGAAACAGGGAAGAGCCUGCUGAAGAUGACUGCAUUAACUCUGAAGCUUAUGGCAUUGAAAACGAGGAGAAGAGAGUAAAACAGUCUACUAAGAAAAUUUUGAAAGCUAAAGUUUCUUCGAAAGCCAUCUCCAAAGAACGCCAAUCAUUGACGAAAACAGGUAAGCAGCAAUUUCAGUCAAAAAAAGAAGCAUCAUCAACUAUCUCUAGUGAAGUUCUGAAAACCGAAGAAAUUAUAUCACCCCCGAGUCAGAGUGAACCCUGGACUGUACUUGCUCAUAAGAAGCCACAGAAGGACUGGAAAGCUUAUAACCCAAAGACAAUGAGACCUCCCUCUCUACCAGAGGGAACCAAGCAUGUGAAGGUUAUGACUUGGAAUGUUAAUGGAUUGAGAGCAUUGUUGAAAUUAGAGAGCUUCUCUGCUCUGCAGCUUGCCCAAAGAGAAAACUUUGAUGUCUUGUGCUUGCAGGAGACUAAACUCCAGAUGAAGGAUGUUGAGGAUAUUAAGAAAACUCUUAUUGAUGGCUAUGAUCAUAGUUUUUGGUCCUGUAGCGUCUCAAAACUUGGUUACUCUGGAACUGCAAUAAUCUCACGGAUAAAACCACUCUCAGUUAGAUAUGGUACCGAUCUAUCUGGAUCAGAUCAUGACAUGGAAGGACGCAUUGUGACUGCUGAAUUUGACUCCUUCUACUUAAUUAAUACUUAUGUCCCUAAUUCCGGAGAUGGCUUAAAAAGACUGUCAUACAGGAUCGAAGAAUGGGAUCGAACCCUCAGCAAUUACAUCAAAGAGCUGGAGAAGUCUAAGCCUGUGAUCUUGACGGGUGAUCUAAAUUGUGCUCAUGAGGAAAUAGACAUCUUCAAUCCCGCGGGGAACAUAAGAAGUGCUGGUUUUACAAUAGAAGAAAGGCAAUCCUUUGGUGCAAACUUCUUAGACAAGGGCUUGGUAGAUACCUUUAGAAAGCAACAUCCUGGAGUAGUUGGUUACACCUAUUGGGGUUAUCGCCAUGGUGGCCGUAAAACAAACAAAGGGUGGAGACUGGACUACUUCUUGGUGUCCGAAUCGAUCGCAGCAAAGGUCCAUGAUUCUUACAUCCUCCCUGAUAUUAAUGGGAGUGAUCAUUGCCCCAUAGGCCUAACUCUCAAGCUCUGAUUUAUCUUAGAGCUUCACCACUCCUAGUUUUUUUUUUUGGCUAAAGUUGUAAUGGCCUUUAGGGAGAGAUUCACAUGUUUUGCUUCGACAGAGAACUAUGGUUAUGUGAAUCAAGAAUAAUUUAAAUAUCAGUAAACAAACCCCAAACAGUCAGAGUUUUGUCGAAUUUGUUGGUAUGGUUUACUUUCAUUGCCCUCA